UCGCCGCCAGCAGGGUGUCGCUCGCGGCUCCUGCGAGAUUCUCCUUUUUCUUUCCCCCGCCCCAUCGCACUCCCUCCCGCCCAUCUCCAUCGAGCCGAUCCAGCCCGUCCUUGCGGCCUCGUCUUGCUGCUGUACUUGCCUCGGAUCUCUCCUCCCCCAUCCAUCACGCCAGCGCCUUUUCCUGCAUUCAGCAAGCCAUGGUCUUUGUCGUCGACUCGACCGUUCUGCGAGGCAUCCCCGAGUUUUUCGAAAGCGAGCUCGCCGAGUGCCUUGCUGCCCGCACUGAGGCCCUAGCUACCUUCCGGGAGUUGGGCCCUCCUGAUCUUUGCCAUGUCAUCAAAACCAACAUCAAGGGACAGCAAAAGGAUAUUGGCUCCUAUCACUAUGUCCUGGGUGUCGAUUCGAGCUCCUCCGCGACCGUGGCUGCCUACCUCAACUCUUUGAUGUACAACAUCGAAGAGUCCCAGACCUGGUUCGGCGGGAAGCAUACUCAGUGGAAGAUCAAGUCCGGAACGUACUGCUGCUUCAACGCUUUCUCCCGGGUCGACAUUCGGGUCGAAGUCCGCAUUCCUGGCGGUGUCGAGAGUUACAUUGUCGAUUUGCGUGGUGAUAAACACCCCAUCACCAACCCAGCCAUUUGGCAAGAGACGGCUGUGUCUGCUGUUCUCCGUUCCAUCCUCGACGACAACGACGAGCCCGAUGGAAAUGACGGCCAGCCCCUGCUUGGACUGAGAAAACUCGACCCUCUUCCCACCCAGAGUGCCGAGAAGCGAUUUUUGGAUGCCGCCAAGGCCGAGUUCUGGAAAGCCUGGCAGCUCGGCACCGAUCCUGAAGUCCAGGUGGCCACCUACUACAGCAACCAUCUGACCAACGGCAUCAUCAAGUACUUCUCCGAUAGUGGACGCCAUAGCGAAGGUGUCCGCUUCUUCGAGGCCCUCUUCGAUAAGGAACCUGAAGUCGGCGUGCCUCUGGCUCGCUCAUAUUUGGGCAUGGAUGAGGAAAUCAAGGCUGUUCAGAUUCUCCACGAUUCGCUCAAGAGACAGCCUCUCUCGUACGGCCUGCUGCUCGCUCAGAUCGACUUUUUGCGAUCCAAGAAAAAGUUCGACCUCGCCGUCAAGCUUGCCAAGCUCGCCGUCACCUAUGCGCCUUCGGAGUUUUUGACCUGGGCCAAACUCACGGAGACCUAUAUUGAUAUGAGCGACUACGAGUCGGCUCUACUGUCCCUCAACUCGUGCCCCAUGUUCACCUACUGCGAGCGAGACGCCCACCGUAUGCCUCCCCCCGUCCGCACUCAUUUGCCCCUCAAGCCCGACCCGGCUUUCUUGAAGCCUGAGGAUGACGUCAGAAAAAUGCCACCCGGGAGCGGAUCGCUCAGCGACGAAAACGACCCGCGCGAGAACGAGGUGCACCCCGAGCUCCAGCGUCUCCCCGCCCUGUCGCUCCGCGGAACGUUCCUGAAGGCCUACCAGCUUCUGAUCAGGAUUCUGAACAAGAACGGCUGGGACGAGCUUCUCAAGUUCCGCUCCAACUGCUUCGUCAUGGAAGAGGAGUAUCGCAUCCACCGUUCUCUCGCCGAGGAGGAGAAGAAGGGCGGGGCUUCCGCAGAUGACGCCGAUGAGCUGCACGAGUCCCUGGAUGAUGCCGAGGAUAUUCCUCUGAGUGAUGCUGGCGCCGAGUCUGCUACCGAAAGCCGAGACGCCGGUGCCGGGCUCCCCAUCGAUGAGCUGAUCAAGAAGGCCGGUGCCGAAGCCAAGGGCGAUGGCAAGCAGCCCAACCCCCGCCCUCUGACGCGCAAGAACGUUGCGUACACCUUCCGCACCAAGCGUCUGUGCGAAAAGUGGCUCGACAACCUCUUUAUGGUGCUCUACAACGACCUCCGCCUCUACACGGCCCUCAAGCAGGAGAUUACUCAGUACAAGUCGAGUGCCACUGGCAACACCAAUGCGCUGCUGUACCGCAAGACUGGCGCAGAGUGGGAGAUCUACGGUGAUCUUGCUGCCCGCCUUGGCCACAAGGAGGACGCCAAGGAAGCCUACAAGAUGUGUCUCGAACAAAAGCUCUCGGUCAAGUCCCAUCUGAAGCUGAUGGAGGUUUACUCGGACGAAGGUCACCUGCAGAACACGCUCGAGUCCGUCGUAAAGCUGACUGGCUUGCUGGAUCGUGCCUAUGUGGAGCACACUUACCCCAGCCCCGUCGCAAGAGCCAUCUUCAAGCUCAUCCGCCGCCACGGUCUUGCCAAGGUUACCAACGGAUUGAUUUCGAUGAACGUCCCGCAGAAGCAGUACCGAAUGGUCACCCGGUUCUUUGACUAUGCCGAGCUGUUCAAGGUCGAGGGUGUCAACUGGUAAACCGAGACAAUGCCGACUGAUCAAGGGGGAAAGAAGUGACACUCUGGGAAGGUCGUCGGCGCCGCCGUCGGUGUAUAUCGUCGCCAUUUGCCGAUGGAUGCGUGUACGUGGUCGCCACUGCUGCGUUUCGGACAUCUCUCCGGCUCGCUGGGUUUCCCCAUCAGCUUUAUCGCCUUCGUGCUACCUCUCCCCGUCGCUCCAUUUGCCAUUUACUUCUCCUUCUCCUCCUGUUUGUGCUCAGGCCGUUGAUGGUUGGCCGGGCUGUGAUGUUUUGAUCGAUGCUCUUGCCAGCCUUGCGACAUCUUCACCCAUCAUGCCCUUUGUAGCCAGUCUACGAUUGUGACGGAUUCGUUUCUUUCAUUUCCUCCGUUUCCUCCGUUUC